CCAACCUCCGCAGGGUUUUUCCUAUUUGCGGUAUUGAUACCAAUCCUAUAAGGCGAAACCCCCUUGAAUAUUCUCAGGCGAUGGGGUUGAAUGAAAUUACGUGGGUCAAAUCGCAUGCUACUCCUCGAAUGAACCACUAUCGAUCCAGCAGUGAGCAUAAGCUUCCCGAAGAUGCUAUUCGCUUCGGCUACGUACUCAAUACAUAAAUGUGACUCCCUAUCUAGUUCCGCUAGAUAACAGCGAAGGAAGCCCUUCUGUCCUCUGGCAUCCCGACCUACAUCUCAACAAUGUGUUUGUAGAUCCUGAAUCUCAUGAAAUCACUUACAUAGUGGAUUGGCAAUCGGCAGCUGUUGUCCCUCUGUUCUUUCAAUGGUGGUGUACCGACAAUGUUCCGUCAUUCCAAGCCGGUUAGAGAUGAUUGGGUUGUUCCAGAAAGGCCCGCCAACUUCGAAAGUCUAGAUGAAGAUGAGGAAGAGACAGAUUGACAAAGACCUAGAAAGCGAAACUCUUCAUAAGUAUUAUGAAGUUCAAAACAUAUCAAAAAGCACCUCGUCGCUGGGCUGCACUCCAACAACAAAAGGCCACACCCCCUUCCUUCGAAAGCCAGUCUGGCUAGUAACCGGCGUCUGGGAAAAUCGCGACCUUUUCUUUCUCCGUCAAUCACUACUAUCUUUAAUGGCACACUGGGAGGAAUUUAGGAAUGGUGUUCCUUGUCCAUUAAGCUUUUCAGAGGAGGGGUUGAAGCUUCACGCAAAGGAAGAAGAAAACAUGGAUGGUAUCGGGCAAUUACUCAAAAUUUCUCAGGAUCAGGGGGUGUUACCGGUGGAUGAUGGAAUGGUUGAACAUGAAGACUAUGAAACGGCAAAGGAGAAUAGAAUAGUCGGAAGUAUUCUAACCUUUGGCCAUAUCAUAUCAAGUUCCCGAAUGAGGCUGAUUUCUCUAAGGGAUAACGGUAACUAUGUGGGAGAACUUUUCUAGGGCAAUGCAACCCUGUAAGUUAGAAGUGAGGCUGGCUCCUCAUCAAAGCCACCUUGGUGCUGAAUUCAAGCAUUGGUUUAUGGGGACAAGUUAUAAUGGCCCUAACGUAGUUAACUAUUUAAUCUGAAUCACUCACCCAACAACCUAUAUUGAAUAAAUCUUACAAUUUAGCAAUGAUCAUAUGAAAUUACACAUAGAAAAUUAUAUACAUUAUUCCUUAGGUCUUUUGACAUUUUCUAAUAGUAUAUCCAGCCAUAUUACACUUGCUGUAUAGCAAUCUUGGUACAAGGUGUAAUCUGAGAAUGAGCCUUGCGUAUAUAGGAUAGAUAACCAGAGCAAUAUGAUAAUAUGUAUAUUGGGUAAAUGAAUGUACUAAUUGGUUUGUAAGGUACUACUGAAUAAGAUAUAACAUGUAUUGAUCGUGAAGUACGAAACUUCUCAAUCAAAGGUGUGAAUGAGCGCCCUUAUAUAGACAUAUGAAAAGGUCCCCCCCCCCAUCCGUUCUUGGAGUAGAAGG